AUGGAAGGCGCGGAGGUGGAGCUGCAGGCCUCCCCCCCAGACAGCAAUGGCACUGCCAACAUUGCUGCAUUGCCGGCCGGCCCCAUCCCUCUUCCCGUCCCCGGGGGUGGCGGUGAGAGGCACAUUGCGCACGUGACCGCAGCACCAGCAAGGGAUGCACCCGAUGAAGUCAAUCUCACCUCCACCGAUGCAGCCUACGCAGAAUACAGGGAAAUGACAGACAUGCGGGAGCCGUACAGGAUCCCUGCGGAAUAUCUUUGUGGAACCAAGCAAUACGUGGGCCCUGGCGUGGCCGACACCCCGCUCAUUGUCUUCAUUAAUGCCAAGAGCGGCGGGCAUGUGGGGCCCCGCCUGCUCACUGUGCUGUUCCGCAGCCUGGGCCAGGCGCAAGUGUUUGAUCUGGCCGAGUCGCGGCCCGGCCCUGUGCUGCGUGCCAUCUGGGACAACCUGCUGGCCAGGGAGGACCAGGGCGACGUGCUGGCGGGUCACAUCCGCAGGAACCUGCGCAUCCUGGCGGCUGGCGGCGACGGCACUGUGACCUGGAUCCUGAAGACGGUUCGGGAGCUGGGGCUGGAGCCGGCGCCAGCAGUGGCUAUCAUGCCGCUGGGCACAGGGAAUGACCUGAGCCUCAGCUUUGGCUGGGGCAGCCUGUUUCUGGACCGCUGGAUUGCGGCGCCACAGCUCUACACCACCUUGAAGCGGUUUGCUGACGCCAGGCUGUGCCAUCUGGACUGCUGGAGCGUCACCAUCACCGCCCCCGACUCCUCCUUCUUUCCAGAGCUGCCCUACGCGCUGGUAGCCGAGCCUAAUGACCCACGGCAGGUGGGCGGCCUGUUCUGGAACUAUUUGAGCGUGGGGCUGGAUGCAGAGGCGGCCUACGGCUUCCACACGAUGCGUGAGACUCACUCUUGGGCCGCCUCCAGCCGCGUGCUCAACCAGGCCUGGUACUCCUGGUACUCGUGCACCAGCGGCUGGUUCUGUGGCGCGCAGCCACUCACAAACAAGCUGCGCCUGAGAGUGCGAGACGAGCAGGACGGGCCCUGGCGGGAAGUGACGGUACCACGAAAUGUGCGGGCGUUGGUGCUGCUUAACAUCCAGAGCUACGGUGGGGGCCGAGACAUCGUGGGCCUAGGUGACAGCACGCUGCUCAAGGGGCAGGAGUUCAAGCGAGCGCCCAUCUUUGAUGAUGGGCUGAUAGAGGUGGUUGGGUUUGGAUCAGGGUGGCACGCAGCGGUGACCAUGGCGCAGGUCAGCAGCAAGGUGCACGCGGUGAGGCUGGCGCAGUGCUGUGAGGUGGAGCUGCACUUGGAGGCGCGGGGCGGCAAGGAGAGCGGCCCCAGUACUGCCGCUGCUGGCACAGCUGAGGCAGCACCGUCACCGCACCAGCAGCAGGAGGGGCAGCAGCAGAUGGUGGUGCGUGUGGCACAUGCGGGGCGCAGCCACAUGCUAUUCAACGAAAAAGAUCCUCAGGGGGGGCGGCGAGUGCGCCAGAUUGCAAGCCGCGGCGCGCAGCUGAGCGAGGAGCUGCCCUCCCACUUUAGCAUGCUCUGGCCAGCACAUAGCAAGUGA